ACCCAGAUGAAACUUCAGGGAUGAAGGUUGAUCGACUGGAUAUACUUGAAAAGACCAUGGUAAUCAAUGAUCAGGUUACAUUGCUACAUUACCAUCUAACUAUUUCUCUCUCUAUCUCUCUCCCUCUCUCUCUGUCAGUGUCCGUUCAGGAGAGUUUGGAGAGGAAGUUUGGAAAGCAGGGAGGACCAAUCCCUGUUGUUCCCACCGCUGACUUCCAGGCCAGAGUCGCUGGUGCUUCUGAGAAGGACAUUGUUCACUCUGGGCUGGCCUACACCAUGGAGAGAUCUGCCAGGCAAAUCAUGCGUACGGCCAGUAAGUACAACCUGGGUCUGGACCUGCGGACAGCUGCGUACGUCAACGCCAUCGAGAAGGUGUUCAAGGUCUACAACGAGGCCGGCAUCACCGUCACAUAAUCACCCUAUUAAAGUCAGACCCCUCCUAUACUGCCCUGCUAUUGGUUCCCCCGCUUCUGUUCCAUGAGACGGCUUGAAACUGGCUAACUAAUGCGGCAAGGCGCUAACCAGUGAAGGCUCCUCUGAGGAGGAAGGCGAGGACCAUCCUACUCAGUGAAUUUCUGAAAAUUACAUUUAAAAAGUUAUCCUUUUUAGAUAAAACUAUACUAAAUAUAUUCACGUCACCAAAUACCUGAUUAAAACAGAAGUCUCAAUAGCACCUUCUAGGGUAGCACCACGGUAUAGCCGGAGGACAGCUAUUUUCCUUCCUCCUCUGCUUACAUUGAAUUCAAUACAAAACCUAUGUGGCUCGUGCUCCUCACCCCCUUUCAUAGACCUACAGUACAUGGUAAUUAUGAUGAAUUCCGGAGGACGUCCUUCAACUAAUCAAAGAUAUUGCUGAAUGAGCUGACAUGUUGUCCAUCCAAGCAAAGGAUCAAAAAAUGUACCAAGUACUACGCAUGUGGGAUUUAGAAGCUUGCUGAGUUGGUGACAUUGUAGGAUAUAUUGAGAUAUUGAAUAGUUAUUUUUUAGCAUUUUUACAAUAUUAUUCAAUUCAACUGAGUUUCGUCAAUCUACAGGAGACGGAGCAGGUAGAUUAUAUAUUGUUUUCUUGGUUUUAGAACUACAUUUUUUGUAGCAUUAGGGCCAUUUAUUUAAAUUUGCCCGGCUAACUUUACUACUAGAGUGCAGUUUUAUUCCACCAGAACGGCUAGAUAACGCUAACGACAAUGUAGUGAAUUUUUUGUUGAAGAAGCCCUUUCAUUGCCCACAUCAGAUUCGGCAUAUUCAAACUGUGCAACACAACUAGAAGGAUGGAUAAACAGGGAUACUGCAUUUUUGUGCAUGUAAGAGUUGGCUUUUAGGAGGCAUGUUGCUUCUUCCCGCAACGAUUGCCACCAGCCUGUACCAUUGACACCAGGCAGGAUGAGGCCAUGGACUACUUACGCCAAAUCCUGACUCUCAUCAUAAUGCCUCAAGAACCCGAGAUUCGUCGGACCAGGCAAUGUUUUUCCACUCCUCAAUUGUCCAGUGUUGACAAUUGUACAAUGUUGGUGAUCGCGUGCCCACUGGAGCCGCUUCUUGUUUUUAUCUGAUAAGAGUGGAAACCGGUGUUGUCGUCUGCUGCAAUAGCCCAUCCAUGAUGAGUUGUGCAUUCAGAGAUGUUGUUCUGCACACCACUGUUGUACUGCGCCGUUAUUUGCCUGGUUUGUGGCCCGCCUAGUAGCUUGCACAAUUCUUGCCAUUUUCCUUUGACCUCUGUCAUGUACAAGCUGUUUUCACUCACAGGACUGCCGCUGACUGGAUGUUUUUGUUUGUCGCACCAUUCUCGGGUAAACCUUAGGCACUGUCGUGCGUGAAAACCCAAAGAGGCCGGACGUUUCUGAGAUAUGGCGCGCCUGGCACCGACGAUUCAUUUUCAUUUUCCCCAUUCUAACGUUCAAUCAAACAGUAACUGAAUGCCUCGAUGCCUGUCUGCCUGCUUUAUAUAGCAAGCCACGGUCACGUGACUCACUGUCUGUAGGAGCGAACCAUUAUUGUGAACGGAGUGGUGUACCUAAUAAACUGGCCACAGUGUAUAAUGAUAUAAACAAUAUGGCUGUAUUUAAAUGUGUAAAUAGUGUUAUUAACUUAACAUAAUGUAUAUAAUAUUAUUUUAUGUGUACUGUAGCUCUGUUAGUCCACACUGCUAUCUGCCCAGCAGCUAGCAAAC